UUCAUUUCUGUGUUUGUUUCACUUCUGCAGAGCUGCUGCUGCUGCUGCAGGGGUUAGGGCCUGGUCGCAAGCGAGCAAUCGGUGCACGGAAAUCCAAGAGCACUGGUAGUUGUGACAACACACUGCGACCCUGGAAGGAAGUGCUGUGGGGGCUUCACCUAUAACAGCAAAAUGGGUAGCUAGCAGUCGUCCAGGGGCGGCGCUCCCACACAGAGGUUGCAAGAUCAAAAAAGCCUUUACUUCAAGUGUGGAAAAGGUCAGCUAGUGCACAGCCAGUUCUGUUCUGAGAGCAAAAAUGGAGAUUGCCAUUCAGCAUCAACAUGUGGACCCAGAGAAGCAGGAGUCAGGGGAAAAAUUGAUUUGGCCGGAGACUCAAAGCACCAAGUCACCCAUCCAGCGAGAGGAAAACAUUCUGUGUCAUGAUCAGAAGGUUCCUGUGUGUACAUGGGGGACGGCCACUCGUCUCAAAGUCCUAGCUGGAAUCGCAGGCACAGCUGUGGCUAUAACUCUCAUCAUUUUAGCAGUGCUGACAACCAGAUCCCAUGUGACCAGUUCUCCUUCCCCUGCCGCCUCGUAUCCAGUCUCCUGUCCAGGCCCGUCCUGCCCAGGCAGCUGGAUCGGGUACCGAGGGAAAUGCUAUUAUUUCUCAGAGAUGGAAGGGAAUUGGACCUACAGCCAGAGCCAGUGUUCAGCACUCAGUGCCUCCCUGGCUGUGAUUGACAGUGAGCAGGACCUGAUUUUCAUGCUGCGCUUUAAAGUCAGAACAGAUCCAUGGAUCGGCCUCCGGAGGGAGCCCGGUCAGGGGUGGAAAUGGCCCAACGGUUUGGAAUUCAACAACUCGUUUGUCAUUCGAGGGGAAUCCGACUGCGCUUUCCUGAGCGAAGACACCGUCAGCUCUUCGAGAUGCUACAUUGAGCGAAACUGGAUCUGCAGCAAACCCGAUGCCUAUGCAAAGGGAACUGAUACGAGGGGGGGCUCGAGAGUCUAAAAGUUAAAAUUGCAGCUCUGCUUUGAAAUAAGAUUUUGAAAAAUGGCAUUGGAGGGGUGAUAAAUGAAGAGGGGUGGGCCCCCACUUCCUGCAUUCGAAGUGCCAGAGUGGGGAUUCAGCCUUGACUGGAGGUUUCAGGGUUAUUACUUCUCAGCAAAUCUAUCAAACGUGCCCAUGUUCAAGGGAAAAACUGCAAGCCAAACUU